AACCUUCCUCCUGGCUUUAGAUUCCACCCUACCGACGAAGAGCUCAUCACUUACUACCUAACCCGCAAGGUCUCGGACUUCGGAUUCGCUGCUAAAGCCAUCGCCGAUGUCGAUCUCAAUAAGUGCGAGCCUUGGGACCUCCCAGGGAAGGCAAGCAUGGGGGAGAAAGAGUGGUACUUCUUCAGCUUGAGGGAUCGCAAGUACCCAACUGGGAUGCGGACCAACCGAGCGACCGACGCUGGUUACUGGAAGACAACGGGCAAAGACAAGGAGAUCUUCCACUGCGGGGUCUUGGUUGGGAUGAAGAAAACCUUAGUCUUCUACAAAGGAAGAGCCCCCAAGGGCGAGAAGACCAAUUGGGUGAUGCAUGAGUAUAGGCUCCAGACCAAAUUUCCCUACAGAUCCACAAAGGAGGAGUGGGUUGUCUGUAGGGUUUUCAAGAAGAGCUCCAAUGGAAAGAAAACGCAACCGAACACUCCACCAUUGCCACCUUUGCUGGAGUCUCCAUGCAAUACAACCUCGUUAAGUGAGCUGGGAGAACUUGAUGUAUCAAUCUUAAAUAAUCUCGUCAACACCUCAAAUGGUCCCGAUGGUAUGCAAAUUAAUGACAACAUCAACAACAGGGUAGAUAUGAACAUGUACAUGAAUUGGAUCUUAGCUAGAGAAGCUACAAGCCAACCUUCACUUCCAUGGCCAUCAAGCCUGUUAGGCAUGAGCUACUUACCAAGUCCAGCAAUAUUGAAAGCACUGCCGUUCAACGGUUAUCAACCACAAGAAGACGCCAACCUCACAAGCUUAAGCUCUUUCGCGGCACAAGGAAAUCCGAUGCUUGGUGAAUCUAGAUCGAGCUUCCCUUCCUCUUCCACCAAAGGUACAGAAGUCCCACAACAACAGCACCCAUUUGAUCAAGAACCAAUUUGGAGAGGCUAUUGAUUAUGUGAAAAGGCUAACUAUAUAAAGUUGUCAAGUUCCUCUUAGUAUAAGGUAUUAAGGUUAGUUAAAUGGAAUCAAACCCUUGAAGCGCAGAAUUAAAUGAGACAACCAGUUAAGGAGCACUAUGUCCGUCACUUGUUAAUUAAGUUGGUAUGAUUAGAAAGCAAAUGUAUGAAAGUCUCAUUCAGUUCUAUAUGAAACCAACAUUAGUCUCAGUUAUCAAUAUGUAUCAGAUGAAGUUGUCUUGGUUCCAUAGACCAUUGGAAAAGAAUGUGAGCGCAUAAUUUUAAGUCAUUUCAUGCUCGUUCUGUAUUGGCUUAUGGCAGAACCAACCAUUCACUA